GACACCGAACGGAGGAUCUUGGAACCAGUCUACUCGAGCGCCACCUGACCCGGACAUUAACACUAUAUUCGAGUUCUGAAUGCAAGCGAGCAUGGCUGGCAGGAACCUGCUCACGGGAAUUUCGCCUCUUCGUAAGGCACUUGUCCAGGUGCACCAGACACGGUUAGCCCAGACUGCUGCAGCUGCCGCCCCACAACUCAGUCCCAAGAUAAAGAAGUUUCAGAUCUACAGAUGGGACCCUGACAAGGCUGGUGACAAGCCCCGUGUUCAAACCUAUGAAGUAGACUUGAAUCAAUGUGGUCCAAUGGUUCUUGAUGCUUUGAUUAAGAUUAAGAAUGAGAUGGACCCAACCUUGACCUUCAGAAGAUCCUGCAGAGAGGGUAUCUGUGGGUCCUGUUCCAUGAACAUUGAAGGGACAAACACCCUCGCAUGUAUAUAUAAGACGGACACAAACCUGAGUAAAACCUGCAAGAUCUAUCCCCUGCCCCACAUGUAUGUUAUCAAGGACCUUGUCCCGGACAUGAGCAACUUCUAUGCCCAGUAUCGUUCCAUUGAACCGUACCUUCAGAAGAAGAAUGAGACUGAGGCAGAUGUUGGCAAAGAGCAGCACCUGCAGAGUGUGUCUGACCGGGCCAAGCUGGAUGGGCUGUACGAGUGUAUCCUGUGUGCAUGCUGCUCCACGUCCUGUCCUAGCUACUGGUGGAACUCGGACAAGUACCUGGGACCAGCUGUCCUCAUGCAGGCUUACAGGUGGAUGAUUGAUUCUCGGGAUGACUUCACCGACGAACGGCUGGCCAAGAUGGAGGACAAGUUCUCAGUUUACAGAUGCCACACUAUCAUGAACUGUACCAAAACUUGUCCCAAGGGUCUGAAUCCAGGACGGGCGAUCGGAGAGAUGAAGAAAAUGCUCCUGUCCUACAACAAGAGUGCUGCAGCUCAUGCAUGAUGAUACAAGCACCAGCAGACUGUCACAUGCAACCACAGGUCACCAGCUUUGCUGAGUGAUCCUUCAACCAGCUAUACUAGGACACUCAUGCCCUUGCUUCACUGUCAGUCUGACCGUAGCAAUGUAGUAACACAGACAAUGUAGAAUAAAUGUCAAAUGUUGAAGACUUGCAUAUGUUGCAGGUUGAAUUCAAUGGGUUUCAGAUGUUAUUUGGCAAUGAUGUUAUUUCAAGGUAUUUAUGACACUGGUGUGAACAUAUAUAUUUGCGAUUAUUUUCAGUAUACAUGUAUGUAUAUGCAUGAAAGGUGGUUGAGGAGGACAGUGCUAUUCUGCCUCAGAGUAAGGAUGAUUAUGCUUGUUAUGUUUGUGAUAUUGACUUGUUCAUGUAUUUUACUUGUUAAGCAGGUUGAGAAGAAGACCCUUUGAUGCUGCCAUCAAAAAUCUGUUGGACAUUUGCCUAGUUAGCUGUGGACAGUAAUGUUGACUUCACUAAAUCCACACAUUCUUCUAUGCAGCUACAUCUUACACGGUGGCAUUGGUCAGACCGUGUACUAGGUAUCUAGUCACAGCUAAGGUUAACAAAAUAAGUAAAGUUUGUGUGUGGAAUAAAUUGAUUCUCAUGACCAAUUUAUUUUGUUCGAUAUGUAAAUGUCACAAAUGUGACACUGUAAUGAAUUGGUUGCUGUGACAUCUGCACUAUUUGUUCCAAGGUUUGCCGAGGUACGUCAGGGAGGUGUGCAGGGAACCAUGCACUACAUAGAGCAGCCACCUUCCCUCUCGGACAGCACUUGCAGUUGAUCUUCCUUAGUGGUGUCUUCAUGGCCCUCGUGGACAAUCAGUCUGCUAUAGACCAUGUUCUAAUAGAUGUGGAAACACUACUGCUAGGAUCUUGUGGUCAGUUACAUGGCUAUCUGGUGUUAAUGAACUGUGUUUCACUGACUUUUGCACUAUUUCGACCAAUGAACAAGACAUUUUACACACAACACUUGUUUUAGGUUAUUGUGUAAGUGUACAUAUAUUUGUAGUGAAUAAAACUUGGUCUAUGCAUAA